AUGACAACCCCACAGGGAAUGCAACAGACCACAUCAGGGCCUGGCCCUAGUAUACUCCAGAUGGGACAACCUGCUUCUCUGCAAUUGUAUCUGUGGAAGGGGAAGCCAGAGAAGUUCUUGAAGGGGGAACCCAAGGCCCUUGGGGUUGUCCAGAUCCUGAUUGCCUUGAUAAACCUCAGCUUGGGAAUAAUAAUGAUGUGUGUCUCAUAUUCAUUGUAUGGACCAAAUCUCAUUUCAAUAUACACAGGGUACUCAGUGUGGGGGUCAGUGAUGUUUAUUGUUUCAGGGUCCUUGUCAAUUGCAGCAGCAAAUCGAACUACAAAAGGUCUGGUUCGAAGUAGCCUGGGACUGAAUAUCACCAGCUCAGUCAUGGCUGCCGCAGGCAUCAUAAUCUGUUCAAUCAGCUUGAGUGUUUAUUCAUUCAGGCAUUAUCAUUGUAGCAACAGUCAGAUGCCGGAAAAUUGUGCCAUGGUUGUAUUCACUUUAAUGGGAAUGGAAGGUAUACAGCUCGUUGUAAGUGUGCUGGAGUUCUGCAUUGCUGUGUCCCUCUCCGCCUUUGGAUGCAAAGUAACCUGCUGUGACUCUGGUGGGGUUGUGUUCAUCAUGCCCCCAAACCCUCAUGCGGCAGAAACAGCACCUGCUGCAUCAGUGAUAGGAGAUUUCAUGCCUCCAACACAACAAUAG